GACUGCAUUACAAACAGACGAUACCAUCGCUUCCAUCGCUUCGACAGCAUCCUUUCAGACAAGAGAUUCAAAAGAGCAAUACAAGAAGUGGAAUCUCUAAGAAUGGCUUCCAGUCACUGGAACGAAACCACCACCUCUGUUUAUCAGUAUCUUGGUUUUCAAGUUCAAAAAAUUUACCCUUUCCAUGAUAAUUGGAACACUGCCUGCUUUGUCAUUCUGCUUUUAUUUAUAUUUACUGUAGUAUCUUUAGUGGUGCUGGCUUUCCUUUAUGAAGUGCUUGACUGCUGCUGCUGUGUAAAAAACAAAACUGUGAAAGACUUGAAAAGUGAACCCAACCCUCUUAGAAGCAUGAUGGACAACAUCAGAAAACGAGAUACUGAAGUGGUCUAGCUCCUAAAGAAGGUGAACAAAACCUUUAAAAGCAGCUUUAGCCUCUCCCGAGAUUAAAGAAAAUUUCCCUGAGGCCAACUUUUACUAUAAAACUGACUCUGACUUUGGGUAAAAGAUUCCUAGAAGUGGAAAACAAGUGAAAUAUGUACUUUUUGUCUAUGUAUUACUCUCAUUAAAUAAAGUAAAACUUCAUAAAUGUGAAUUUACCCAUCUAUUUAAUGUGACACAUCGAAAAAUGAAUAAAUUAUUUCUAGAAUAAAAAAAUUUCUGGAGUUCAACACUAAACAACAAAAGUUAAACUGGAAAACAAAG